AUGGUUUCUUCUAAUCUAAACAUAGGUAAAAGGCUAGUCUUUGGAUAUGAAUCAGUUGGAGAAGCAAGUAGUCAGGAGACGAAUGAUGAGGGAAGACUAAAGAUUGUUGAUGAUGCUGUUAACUCAGGCCUAGCUAUGAGAUUGGGAUCUAAUAAGGAGGUUAAGAGGACUCAGAGUUGCACUGGUGCAGAUCAAAGUAGAAUGGAUCCUUUCUUGGUGAUUCAACGGUUUUUAGAGUUGGCCUCGCUAAGGCUAGCUCUUCCGGGAUCAGACCUAAGAGGGGAAGGCCAAGAAAAACACCUGAGAAAAGCUUUCGAAAACUUAAAGGGUUGGACUUGGAGAUGGACAGUGGAACAAUGA